AUGUCGAUACGCUCAGAACGUGAAAAAUCCAAAAUGCAAGAAAAAUAUCAAAUGAUAUUAGCACAAAUGCUCAAGGAAGAUGAUAAUAGAUUUUGCGUUGAUUGUGAUACAAAAAGUCCACGAUGGGCUAGUUGGAAUCUUGGUAUAUUUAUUUGUAUUCGUUGUGCUGGAUUCCAUCGAAAUUUAGGUGUACACAUAUCAAAAGUUAAAUCAGUCAAUUUAGAUUCAUGGACCGCAGAACAAAUAGCUUCAAUGCAAGCUAUGGGUAAUAAUCGUGCACGUGCUGUCUAUGAAGCUAAUUUACCUCCAGGGUUUCGGCGACCUCAAGCUGAUUCUGCUUUGGAAUCAUUUAUUCGUACAAAAUAUGAACAACGUAAAUGGAUUGCUAAAGAAUGGAUUCCACCAGAAAUAACGGUGUCUAGUGACUUGAUUGAAUCGGAAACAAAUCAACGACGAAAUGAUACUCCAUCAGAAUCCGGACAAGUAGAGAAAAAUAUUAAUACUAACAUUCCAAAAAUAAAACCAUUUGCAGCACCAGUAACGACUAAUAAUCCAGUACGACAAGGAGGUAGUGAUCGCUCAACAACAACUAUACAACCAUCGAUGACUCCUUCACCAUCAACAACAUCAAUAUCAACUCCUAUACAACCUGUUGUUGCUACAGAAAAUCCACCAGAUUUAUUAGGUUUAGAUGAACCAACAUUACCAUCAACAUCUUCAUCAACUAAUAUAACUAAAUUAACGCAAACUCCUCAACCUAUUGUAAUAGAUCCAUUGCUUGCUAUAUUUACAACACCGACAUUGACAAAUGUGAAUGUAAAUAAUACAACAACAACAAUAGCAAAAAAUCCAGAUGAUGAUUUUCAAACUAUAUUUUCAUCUUCGAGUGAUAUCAGUACUCCGACAAAUACAAGUGGUGUUAUGAGUAAUGAUAAAAUAAUGGCAUUAUUUAAUACACCUCAAGUACCAAUGGCAGCUGCUUCAGCAGUUAAUAUUCGACCACCAACUAUGCAAUUACCUCAAAUGAAUGCAUCUGGUUUUCCUCAUCCACAAGCUCAUCAACAUGCGCUUCAUUCUCAUCAAAAAUCAGCAUCAUUUGGAAGUAAUCUUUAUCAACAAGCGACUAAUAUCGGACCUCAUUCUGGAUUUCAACCACAACAAGGUUUUCCACUUCCACCAACAUCCGGAAUAAAUAUAAUGCAUCAUAAUAAUUCAAAUAAUAUGAGUACACCUUCUCUUCAAACUCCACCAUCAACAUUUACAAAUGAUCAAUUAAAUAAUCAAUUUUCUCAGUUUGUUCCAUUUGCAAAUUCAAAAUCGAAUACAACAGCAACAGCUUUAAUAACCGGUAUGCCAACUCGUCCUGUUACAGAAUACAUGCCAGCAUCAUCAGAUCUUCUUUGGCAAUAA